UUAAACUGGAUAACCAGAAGCUCCGGAGGAUCUGUGCGCGAUUUGUUUCGAAUUGGAGACAACAUGAGAACAUUUAAAUAAAAGCAUUCGAACAAUUCGCAACAGAGGUAAAGGUAUUUUCUGCAUCGGAUUCGUCCCAUUUAAAUCAAAUCGCUGUUGGAAGGCUUUGUCUCGGGUUGAAACCAUUGGAAUGAUUUCUCCUGGAAAUGAAAGAUACCAUACACUGGCUGGUGAAAUACCAACUGCUUUACUGCAUGUUCACUUCUUGGGAUUUUGUUUGUGGCCAGAUUCGUUAUUCUGUUCCCGAGGAAUUGCAAGUAGGUGCCUUUGUUGGGAAUAUCGCCAUUGAUUUGGGGUUAGAUUUAAAGCAGCUGUCGGCUCGCAGUUUACGGGUGGCGCCCAGUCCGAGGAAGCAGUAUGUUGACGUAAGUUUGGAGAAUGGGAUUUUAUUUGUGAAUGAAAAAAUCGACAGGGAACAGCUUUGCGGAACGAGCACCGAAUGCGUUUUAUCCUUCAACGUUGUGCUUGAAAAUCCCCUCAGUCUGCACCAGGUGGAAGUGGAGAUUCUCGAUGUAAAUGACAACGCUCCCAGUUUUCCCCAAAACCAGAUCCGCCUGGCAAUCGCUGAGAUUAUGGCACCGGGAGCGCGAUUCCCCCUCGAAGCCGCACACGAUCCGGACAUUGGAACAAACUCCUUACAGUCAUAUCAGCUCCUUCCCAAUGAGUACUUUAUUCUUGAUGUGCAAGUACGCGAUAGAAUAGGGAUGUUCCCGGUGUUAGUGCUGCAGAGGGCCUUGGACAGAGAAACGAUAUCGACCCAUCACUUAACGCUGCUUGCCAAAGACGGCGGAGUCCCUUUGAGAUCGGGCAAGGUCCAGGUAACAAUCACGGUGAAGGAUGCGAACGACAACGCUCCUGUUUUCUCGCAAUCGGUUUAUAAGACUAAUCUGUUGGAAUCAGCUCCCAUAGGAACUCUGAUUAUUACAUUAAACGCCACUGAUUUGGACGACGGCCGGAAUGGUGAGAUAACGUAUGCCCUCAGCACCCAUAGUUCAGCUGAAGUUCGUGCAUUAGUUGCCGUGAAUUCCAGAACUGGUGAAAUCAGACUGAGGGGGCAUUUAGACUAUGAACAAAUCAAAACAUUUAUGAUUAAUAUGCAAGCAGUAGAUAAUGGUCAUCACGCAAUGUCUCAGCACUGUGAUGUGUUGGUGGAUGUUAUCGAUGUGAAUGACAACGCUCCUGAGCUGUCGUUGACAUCCUUGUCAGAUUCCGUAGCAGAAAAUGCUCCAAUUGGAACUAUUGUCGCCUUGCUCAGUGCAGAAGAUAAGGAUUCCGGGCAAAAUGGGCAAGUACAAUGUCAAAUUCCGAAUGAACUACCCUUUAAGUUAGAUUCAUCGAUAAAGAACAAUUGGAAACUGCUCAUACAACAUACGCUAGAUCGUGAAACUACCUCCAGCUAUGACAUUACUGUAACUUGCACAGAUGCAGGGCACCCUCCCCUCACAUCCAAGAAAACCAUCCGUAUGAAGGUUCAGAUGUAAACGAUAACGCGCCAAGGUUUACGCCAGCCCGUAUACACGGCAAGGGUCAUGGAAAACAACGUCAUUGGGGAUUCCAUAUUCUCCCUGACAGCCUUCGAUCCUGACACAGGACAGAAUGCCCGACUGAA